CGAUGGAAAAUUUAGAAUUAAGCCUGUCAUCACUGGGCACCAUAUCCAGACAUGUUGACAAAAGUCACAACGAACUCAGCCAAUUUUUGUCCAAACAGAUAUGGAGCCAGCAGGACAGGCAGUGUAUUCUGGAGAGUGUGGCCCAGCUGCUGCUGGAGAAGGAUUAUACUUUGCUGAUCGCUCGGCACCUGAGGCCGCUGGUUCUGGACCUGUUGGAGCGCAACGCAGAGAGGGUCAAAGCCGGUGGAAGGAUCAACCAUGACCUCCACGAGCGCCUGUGUGUGGCCCUCAGCAAACUCCUUGGCAUCAGUCCUGAUGCGCAUGCGUUUGCUGCGAGGUACUUCAACGAUGCCCCCCCAGUGUUUCAGCGGCUCUUCUUCACCAGUGAAGAGUCAUCAGCUGUUCAGUACGGCCCCAGGAGGAUGAAGCUGCGUGACCUCAUGGGUGCCACCUUGCGUUUCCUCCAGAGUGACUGUGCCAAGUUUCGAAUGCUCUGGGACUGGAGUCCCUGCGUAUCCCAGCUGCUCACCAGCGAUGUCAUGGUCAGAGGGUACACUGCCCAUUGUUUAGCUCUGGUCUCUCACAUGACUGAUAAUCAGAAAACCAUCUUUCUUAGAAAGGUGCUGUCGAGUGAUGAGAUCCUGCACAUGAAAAUUAGAGCUUUGGAAGAAACUCAGCAGCUGGAGGUAGAAAAAGCCCUGGUUUUAGCCAAUCAGGGCUCUGUGAUGUGGCGCCAGGAAAAGGCUAAUAAGUUUACCAGGGGCCAGGUGGUAUCAGAGGACCUGUCCCAGAAUGUUGUGGCAGUCUGUGGUGUUGUGCUACCCAGGAUAGUUCCUAGGCAGACUGAACAGAGGAACCCAAAAGAUCUGGUGCUGGUGGACUCAACCUGCCGUAAUCUGAGAAGACUGGCAUUGGCUGUGGCUUCCCAGAAGCCCGUGCUGCUUGAGGGUCCUAUUGGAUGCGGCAAAACGGCCCUGGUUGAGUUUAUGGCUGCCGUCACAGGACAUACAAAAGCUACGGAGAUCCUGAAGGUCCAGCUUGGAGAUCAAACUGACAGCAAGAUGCUGCUUGGCAUGUACCGUUGUACUGAUAUACCAGGGAAGUUUGUGUGGCAGCCAGGAACGCUGACACAGGCCGUAUCCAAAGGCCAGUGGAUCCUCCUGGAAGACAUUGACCACGCCCCUCUGGAUGUGAUAUCCGUGCUUCUACCUUUAAUGGAGAAUAAAAAGCUGAUGAUUCCAGGUCGGGAGGAUUGCAUUGAUGUUGCUCCUGGUUUUCAGUUCUUUGCAACAAGAAGGAUGUAUCUCAGUGGUGGCAAUUGGCACAAACCACAGAACUCUCAUGCAGCGCUGCUGGACAAGUACUGGACCAAGCUGCAAAUGGGCAACAUGACACGAGAAGAGCUGAAGAAGGUGCUCAUCAGCAGGUAUCCGAGGCUGACGGUGGUGUCGGAGCGUCUCCUGGAUAUCUACUGCCAGCUGACUGGGGAGAGACACUCUGACCCGGACACUAGCAGCGUUCAGACCCCUGAAGAGAGCCAACAGCACAAGUCUGAGGACAAAGGCACACCGCUGGAGGGGAGAGCCCUGUCGCUGAGGGACCUACUAAAAUGGUGCGAGAGGAUCAGCGCUAACUUUGACAGUACCUCAUCGGCCACAGCACAACAUGUCUUCCAAGAGGCUCUUGACUGCUUCACAGCCAUGCUGUCUCGUCCUGACCGUCGACUGCGAAUGGCCGAGAUCAUCGGAAGCAAGCUCAACAUCUCCAAAGAGAAGGCCCAGCACUUCUGCCAGAUGUAUCAGCCCGGCAUCUCUGUGUCCGAGCUGGAGGCGUCGGUGGGCCGAGUGACGCUGGGUCGAAAGCAGACCGAGGCGGUGCAGCUGAGUGUGGACAACCAGACAUUUGCUGCCACGCGUCCCUCCGCUGUGCUGCUGGAACAGCUGGCAGUGUGUGUAGCCAAAGGGGAGCCUGUUCUCCUGGUGGGAGAGACUGGAACUGGAAAGACUUCCACUGUGCAACACCUGGCCAGAGUCACAGGACACAGGUUGCGGGUUGUGAACAUGAACCAGCAGAGCGACACCGCCGACCUGCUGGGAGGGUACAAGCCAGUAGACCAUAAGCAGAUUUUGCUUCCUCUGCGAGAGGCCUUUGAGGACCUUUUCUCCCAGACAUACUCGAGGAAGCAGAACCUGACCUUCCUGGGUCAUGUGCAGACCUGCUUCAGAGGGAAGCGCUGGCAGGAUCUGCUCAAACUCAUGGACCACGUCUGCAAGUCGGCUCUCACCAAGGAGCUGCAGGAGAAAUCAAACGCUGCCUUGCUGCAGGAGCAGUGGGAGGCAUUGGCUGCCAAACUGAACCAGACCCAGCAGCAGAUCCGAGCCUGUGAGGCGGCCAUGGUCUUCGCCUUUGUGGAGGGAACUUUAGCUCAGGCAGUAAAGAAGGGAAACUGGAUCCUGCUGGAUGAGAUCAACCUGGCAGCAGCCGAGACCCUGGAGUGUUUGAGUGGACUGCUGGAGGGUACCGCCGGGUCUCUGGUGCUGCUGGACCGUGGAGACACUGAGCCCCUGGUCCGCCACCCUGACUUCCGGCUCUUUGCCUGCAUGAACCCGGCUACUGAUGUGGGGAAGAGAAACCUGCCUCUGGGCCUCAGGAACAGGUUUACUGAGCUGUAUGUGGAGGAGCUGGAGAACGAGGGAGACUUGCGGAUUCUGGUUUCAGACUACCUCAAGUCCUUAAAUCCACACAGGACUGUAGUCGGUGGCAUCAUAAGUUUUUACCUGUCCGUACGAAAGGAGGCCAACUCACAUCUGGUUGACGGGACGGGCCACAGACCUCACUACAGCCUGCGUACUCUGUGCAGGGCACUGAAGUAUGUGGCAGUGAACCCCUGCAACAGUGUGCAGCGCUCGCUCUACGAGGGUUUCUGCCUGAGCUUCCUGACUCAGCUGGACAGAAGUUCCCACCCUCUGGUCCAGAAACUGGUGUGUCAGCACAUCCUGAUGGGGAACACCAAGUGUCUCAAACAUCCCAUCCCGGCGCCCUCAGGCCGGCCCUGCGUGGAGAUGGAGGGCUACUGGGUGUCCCAGGGGGAGAUGGAGCCGGCCACGGACCCGAGUUACAUCCUCACCACCUCAGUCAAACUCAACCUCCGCGACCUCGCCAGAGUGGUGUCUGCAGGGACUCACCCGGUGCUGAUCCAGGGAGAGACGUCUGUGGGGAAGACCAGUCUGAUCCGCUGGCUGGCUGCAGCCACGGGGAACCAGUGCGUGAGAAUCAACAACCACGAGCACACUGACAUCCAGGAGUACAUAGGCUGCUACUCAUCAGACGACAAGGGCAAGCUGGUGUUCAAAGAGGGUGUUCUGAUAGAUGCCAUGAGGAAAGGCUAUUGGAUCAUCCUGGAUGAGCUGAAUCUCGCCCCCACUGACGUCUUGGAGGCUCUCAACCGGCUACUCGAUGACAACAGGGAGCUCUUUGUGGCUGAGACACAGGAAGUCAUCAAGGCUCACCCCAGAUUCCUGCUCUUUGCUACCCAGAAUCCCCCUGGUCUCUACGGCGGUAGAAAGGUGCUCUCCAGGGCUUUCAGGAACCGCUUUGUGGAGCUGCACUUUGAUGAGCUGCCCAGUGGAGAGCUGGAGACCAUCCUCCACCAGAGGUGCAGCCUGCCUCCAUCCUACUGCACCAAGCUGGUCAAGGUCAUGCAAGACCUUCAGUCCUUACGCAGGGGAUCAACUGUGUUUGCGGGGAAACAUGGCUUCAUCACCCUCAGAGAUCUGUUCCGCUGGGCAGAUCGCUACAGGCUAGAGGAGCAGACAGACUCCUGUCAGGACUGGCUGCAGCAUUUGGCUGAUGAUGGGUACAUGCUGCUGGCUGGACGUGUGAGGAAGCCGGAGGAAGAGGCCAUCAUCCUUUCCAUCCUGGAGAAGCACUUCAAGAGGACGGUGAACCCUGAAAACCUGUUCUCUCAGAAACAGGUCACCAGCCAGUUCAGUCCCUUCAUCGACAGCAUCGCUGGAGUCCCAGAGGAGUUUCGCCAUGUGGUGUGGACGCACGGCAUGAGAAGACUAGCUGUGCUGGUAGGACGGGCACUUCGAUAUGGGGAGUCUGUCCUGCUUGUUGGAGACACUGGAUGUGGAAAGACAACAAUCUGCCAGCUGUUUGCUGCUUUGGCUGGACAGAAGUUUUUUGCAGUCAACUGUCACCUACACAUGGAGACAUCUGACUUCCUGGGAGGCCUGCGACCCGUCAGACACACACAUCAGACUGAUGGUGAGGACGGCAGGCUGUUUCAGUGGCAUGACGGCCCCUUGGUUCUGGCCAUGAAGGAGGGAGGAGUGUUUCUCAUGGAUGAAAUCUCCCUGGCAGACGACUCAGUGCUGGAGAGACUCAACAGUGUUCUAGAGACAGAGAAGUCCCUCGUGUUAGCAGAGAAGGGCAGCGGGGACAACGACGACGUGGAGCUGAUCGGAGCCGCCGAGGGUUUCCGUCUGGUUGCCACCAUGAAUCCCGGAGGAGACUUUGGCAAGAAGGAGCUCUCUCCUGCCCUCAGGAACCGUUUCACAGAGAUCUGGUGUCCGCAGAGCAACAGCCGCAGUGACCUGGUUCAGAUCAUCCAACACAACCUGCGCUCAGGCCUCUCACUCGAUGGCGGCGACAUCGCAGAGCUGAUGCUGGACUUCAUCGAGUGGCUGACCCAGCAGGACUUCGGCCGCCGCUGCAUCCUGAGCGUCAGAGACAUCCUGUCGUGGGUCUACUUCCUCAAUGUUGUGUGCGAACGGGACGAGGACGGCUUCAUGACCAUGGGAGCCCUGGAGGAUGACGAGGAAGCAGAGUGGGACCUCAGACUGGACACUGUCACCGCCUUUAUCCACGCCGCAUGUCUGGUCUACAUCGACGGCAUUGGCUCCGGGACCACAGCGUCCUGUGCAGACAGCGCCCUCCUGGCACGCCGGCUUUGCCUGGGCUACCUUCAGCAACGACUGAGCAAGAUGACUAAGCUGGACCAGGAGAUGCUGGAGGCCCUGAGAGUCUAUGACAGCAGCCUGCCACGGGAACCCCAGUGGGGCGAUGACUUCUUCGGCAUUGACCCCUUCUACAUUGCUUUAGGGCCUCAGACUGAGAGCCGUGACCUGUCAGAUUACGCCAUCGCAGCGGGCACCACCGCCGUGAAUGCCCAGAGGCUUCUGCGGGCGCUGAAGCUGCAGAGACCUGUGCUGCUGGAGGGCUCACCUGGCGUGGGAAAAACCAGUCUGGUGGCAGCUCUGGCAAAGGCUUCUGGGAACCAUCUGGUCAGAAUCAACCUGUCAGAGCAAACGGAUGUCACUGAUCUGUUUGGAACCGAUCUCCCUGUGGAGGGAGGAAAGGGAGGAGAGUUUGCAUGGCGCGAUGGCCCCCUUUUGGCUGCUUUGAAGGCAGGCCACUGGGUUGUCCUGGACGAGCUGAACCUGGCCUCUCAGUCGGUGCUGGAGGGUCUGAACGCCUGCUUUGAUCACCGAGCAGAGAUCUACAUCCCUGAACUGGGGAUGAGCUUCCAGGUUCAGCAGGAGAAGACCAAGAUCUUUGGCUGCCAGAACCCCUUCACUCAGGGCGGUGGUCGUAAAGGACUUCCCAAAUCCUUCCUCAACAGAUUCACUCAGGUGUUUGUGGACCAACUCACGAGCAAAGACAUGCAGUUCAUAGGAGACGCCAUUUUCACCAGCAUUGAUAAGGAGAUCAUUGCUAAAAUGGUGGAGUUCAAUAACAAGCUUGUCCAGGAGGUGUGUGUGGAGCGGCGGUGGGGUCAGAAAGGAAGUCCCUGGGAGUUCAACCUGCGUGACAUGUUCCGCUGGUGUCAGCUGAUGCAGGCUGACCAGUCCCCAGGAUUUUUCAACCCAGGCCAGCACGUAGCCUUGGUGUAUGCCGACAGGAUGAGAGCGGAGGCUGACAAAGCUCAGGUUCUGUCCGUGUUCAGGAAGGUGUUUGGCGAGGACUUUGAGCCUUACAGCGGCUCCAGACAGUUCCACAUCACUCCACUCAACCUGCAGGUGGGUUUCUCCGUCCUGCAGCGCAGCGGCGGAGCGCCCGUGGCCCUUGACCCUCCACUGUCCAUCACACACCAGGCGCUGCGGCCCCUGGAGUCCCUGAUGAAGUGUGUGGAGAUGGGCUGGAUGACCAUACUGGUGGGCCCCACGGCCAGCGGAAAGACCAGCCUGGCGAGACUGCUGGCUCUGCUGACCGGACACCGCCUCCGGGUCAUGGCCAUGAACAGCGCCAUGGACACCACAGAGCUGCUGGGAGGAUUCGAACAGGUUGACAUCAUGCGGCCGUGGCAACAAGUGCUUGAGAGCGUGGACUACAUAGUCGCCAUGGUAAUAAGGCGGGGCCUGAUGUCGCUGGAUGUCGGCAUCCAGGACACUGAGUUCCUGCUGCAGACGUGGGGUCUGUUCUGCCACUGGCUGAAGGAGGAAGGACUGCAAAGAACCGGGGGGACCAUCACCUCAGAGGCCCUGAACAAGCUGGAGAUCAUCAUCCUCCUCCUGCAGAAACUCAACACCAAGCUCAAAGUGUUCACUGACAUGUCCAAACUGCAGAUGGACUUCACGCUGCUGAAGGAGCGUCUGGCUCAGCUGGAGGACGGCUGGACAAACGGAGGCUUCGAGUGGUUGGACGGUAUGCUGGUCCAGGCUCUGCAGGCUGGUGACUGGCUGCUCAUGGACAAUGUCAACUUCUGCAGCGCCUCCGUCCUGGAUCGCCUCAAUGCUCUGCUGGAGCCUGGUGGAUCACUCACCAUCAACGAACGCGGCGUCAUAGACGGGAAGACCCCCAAAAUCACCCCUCAUCCCAACUUCAGGUUGUUCCUGACCAUGGACCCGGCGCAUGGGGAGCUCUCCCGAGCCAUGAGGAACAGAGGGGUGGAGGUGUACAUUCCAGGGGAACACGAAGGUUCCUGCUGGGACACACUGGACCUGAAGACCCUGCUUCACACUGCAGGGGUGACCGGGGACUGUGUGUGUGAUCUGCUGAUUGAAAUACAUAAAAGCAUCAAAUCUGCCAUUUGGGAUUCCCCCGCCUCUUCAGUGGCCUCCCUGCUCCAUGCCGCCACCCUGCUGUCCUGCCAGCUGCAGCGAGGUGUAGAUUUACCCAGCGCUCUGCAGCAUGCCUGUGGAGAGGCCUACUCACUCUGCCAACGCACCUCCGCCAGCCAAAAGCAAGCCCAACAGGUGAUCGAGCAGCACCUGGCCAUCCUGGACACAGAGGACUGGGGCAGUGGGCUGCUGUGUGCUGGAGUUUGGCCCGACGGCUUCCCCUCUGCCCUCCUCUCCACGGAGGACUCCUGCUUCUCCGCUGUCCUCCGAGACGGACAGGUCCUCUCAUUCUGCCUGAACACCCUCAGCCUGCAGGGCAAACGGAAUCGUCCACUGAGUCUGAGUGACCUGCAGAGGGCUUUGCAGAGCAGUGGUGUCCAUGACGGGCUGAUGUUCUCUGGAGGAGUGGUGGAUCUGGCUGAAGGAGACACCCUGAGGCUGAUCCCCACAGCCGUUAGACUGCUCACUGAGAGAGCCUCUCACGGAGACUGGAUCCUCCGCAGCAGCUGGCUCUCACAUCUGGGGAAGAGCUACAAAUAUGCUCCUGAUCCCGCUCUGGUCCAGGUGGAGGCAGGAAACAGGGCUCUGAAGGCCGUGUUUGGUAGCAAGCUUGCUGCCAAGGGCAAAUCACUAGCAGAGUUGCUCCAGCCUCACAGCAUAGAUGAAUACAGGAUUCUGGUGGACAUGCGAUGGAACAAACAGUACCUGGAUAUUUUGGCUAACAAAUGCAACUUUGAGGACGAGGAAAGAUACAUGGAGUUCCUGGAGGCACUGAACGCAGUUGCAAACAGGAUCGUUCUGAUGAUGGACAGAGAGGAGAGGUCUGUCAUCUGCACCUGUGCUAUCAACCUGUCUGCUCAGAACUGUGCCCUCAGAAUAGCCACGGCCUUCAGCAAAGGGACUGUGGAUAUUGGUCACCUGCCCCACCCAGUGCUGAUGCACCUGCGGACCUUCUUUGACCUGUGGGACUCGUUCACCCUGCAGGCUGUGCAGAGCGGACAGCCCUACAUCUCAGAUCACAUCAUGUUUGAGAUCCUUCAGCUGCUGCAGUGGCUCGAUCGUUUCUGGGAUGUGUGUAGCACACUGCCGGCCGACUCUCAGGGCAUCUCUGUGCUGUCUCUGCACUGGCAGUGGGUGCAGAAACACCUCAUCCUCCGACUGCCCCAUCUGCUGCUGGGAGAAACUGACGCCACAUCUGAAGGUCAACAGGAGCUGCAGGCUGUCUCAGCAGCCAUCCAGACUGUUCUGUCCACCCCGGUGUCUGUGGCCACAGCUCUGAAGGGCAUCCAGAAAACCCUCGGGAAAGCUCUGCCAUUCAAGUUGGAGUCUGUGGCUGAGUGUGCGUCUCGGCUCCGGCUCCUGAGUAAAGCCCUGGAUAUCAGCGAUCUAAGGCUGGACGGCACCACGGGUCAUUUGAGGCAGGAGCUGGUCCGACUUCAGGGGGCCGGGCUCGGGCUGGACAUCAAAGAGAGUCUCCUAGAGGCCUGGGGCCUCGUUCUGCUGGCAAACAACCAGCUGGAUCCACAGAAGUCUGGAGUGUUGGAGAGGUUGGUGUCGAGCGUGGAGCAGCAGCAGCGUCAGAUGACCUCCAGAGGGCUGCUGGAGAUCUGCUCCCUGCCGGAGGGUGAGGAGCCAGAGGAAGGAGUCCACCUGGCCAGAGAGGAGCUGCAGCAGCUCAGCCGCCGGGCUCAGCUCUGGCCCCUGAUGGAGGAACUGGCUGUACUCAACCAGCUGCGACUCAGCACUGACCUGCUGCACCUGGCUCUCUCUCCUGGUGACCAGGAAGCUGAGGACAGCUUGCGUCGAGAACUCUCCAGACACCUGCGCUACUGCCUCCAGUCCACACCGAUGAACGUCAGUCAGCUCCAACCGCUGUGGUUCCUGCUUAGCAGUGACAGGCCGGCCGAGGAGCUGCAGUUUGUUUGGUGUGAGCUGCUAUCAGAGGCUCUGUCUGCCCUGUGGACCAGCAGCGUGACCUCAGACCCCAACCUCUGGCUCAAAUGGGACCCACUGAGUCCCAAGACCCACCUAUCUCCAAAGCUGCACCACGGAGCAGACAAUGUGGGACCAGCCAUACUGAGUAAAGCAGUAUGGUCACGUUGCAUGCUGGGAGUGCUCUGCAACAGUGAGACUGGAGGUCGAUGGGACCCAUCCGGGGCGGCCCUCCUCUCCCUCUCCCAUGUCACCCUGGGGGAGUGGAAGGAGAGGAUCCAGCAGCUGCAGGAUGUGUCUGCUGUGUUGUGGGAUAAUAUGGCCCUCCCUGCACUGGCUGACUUCAGGGGCACAGACUUCAGGCUCCAGGGCGCCGUCUUGCGUCGCCAGCUUCAGAGCAUGGCCGACCUGCUGCCUCCCACUUUGCAGGAGGGCUACAUGGAGAGCUGUGAGAGCCUAGUGGAGGACCCUGACCCUCUGAUAGCUGCCCAGGAGAUCCAGACCAUCUUCAGAGACUUCAUGCCGCCCAAUCUGCUCCCCAACGGCCUGGUGGAGGCCUGCAUCACCUGCCUGCAGCAGUACGUCCAAAGCAAAGUCCAAGGCUCCAACCCACUGGCCCGAUCUGGGGUGUUCUGGGUCAACAUGGGCCUGCUGCAGAUCAAAGUGUGGACACCGCAGACUAUCUUUGAUCCAGCUGUGAAGAGGGCCUACAAACUCAUCUACCUACAGCAGGAGCUGGCUCUGCUGCAGGAGGAGUGGAGAGGACGCAGCCUGUCGUCUCAGCUGGUGACCGGAGCAGAGCUGGAGGAGAGCAGCACCACUGAUGGCUUCCAGCAUCCUCGGAUCAGGUACCUGUGGAUCCGUAUGCAGCAGGUGAAGGAUCAGAUAGCUGAGCUCUCCAGGAAGCAGGCCUGUCGCCCUCAUGAACCUCAGUACGGUCGCCUCUUCCAGGAGCUGCAGCACUACCUGUGCAGCAUCGGCCAGGCGUCGGCUGUGGAAGACCUGUUGUCCCACCUGCUGAAGGCCCUGCAGGGCUCCUCCUCCUCCUCAUCAAGGUCAAGGUCAGCCAUCCAGGGCCUGCUGAAGGAGGAGGCCGUGUGGCAGAACUCCCAGCAGCGCUUCUGCCAGAGGCUUCUGGAGGAUUACCCGAUGUACCCCGAUGUGGUUGGGCCUGUGCGCACCGGCAUCCUCCAGCUUCGGCACGGGAUGCGGCUCGUGGCUUCCCAGGUGGCUGCCUCGCUCACGCCUGUACCCGGUCUGCCCAAGUUGGUGUCCUGCCUGCUGGCCUUCCCCUCCCUGUCCCCCAGCCUGCCAUCCUACCUGGCCCGAGCGGACUUCCUCUGCUCCAGAUCUUGCAUGGACAUUCUGCGCUGCCUGGCGAAGCUUCUGCCCCAGCAGCAAGACCCCGAGCACGUAGUCCCCAAGACCUCCACGCUGCUCCUGAACUCUCUGCUGUAUGUGCAGUGUCACACCCUGUCCACAGGAGAGUUCAGCCCCGAGUCACGCAGCCUCUUCCGACACAUCUGUCAGGCUCUGGUGAACGAGUGGGACGAACAGGAGAGACAAAAGAGAGAGCGAGAGAAGAUGGAAGCCAGUCUGUACCGCAACCGGAGUCGACUGCACGGCUCAGGACUGACUGAGGACGAGCAGGAGGAGAGGGACUUCAGACGGCAGUUCCCUCAGUUCAACAAGGACUUUGAAGACAUCGUGGCCCAGCCAAGUCUAGAGGGCCCAGCUGACUCAGGACUCAAGGAGGAGGAAGAGAACGACCAGGAGGAGUUCAGCGAGAGCAGCUUCCUGUCUGUGUCUUCCAUGAACACAGUGGUCCAGAUCCAUCAGCGCCUGUGUCUGGGAUACGCCCAAUCACUGUGGUACAAGAGCACAAUACCGGCCAAUCACAGCAGAGAACACAUCAAAUCCCUGGUUUCCUCCUAUCAGAUUGCUUCCCCUGUGAUGUCACGCUUCUAUCAUCUUAUGGAGGCUGAACUGGACCAGCAGCUCACAGGCAGUGAACUGCUGCUCUCGGCCCUCCUCCAGAACAGUGUGCAGGGCUCGCCGGGUCCUGAUGGUCUGACAGUCACCUCAGAGGGACCUUAUGACUUCUACCAGCAGCCCAACAUGAGCGAGGCCCGCCACUGUCUUCCUGUCCUGGAGCAGCUGAGUGUGGCCGUGAAGCAGAGACUGGAGGACUGGCCCGAGCACCCAGCUCUAGUACAGCUGACUUUGGUCGUGGAGAGGAUAAAGGCUUUCAGUCUGGCCAGUCCACUGGCCAAGUUCCUCAAUGGGCUGGAGAUCCUGCUCAGCAAAGCACAGGACUGGGAGAAUAACGCCAGCCGGUCAGUCUCUCUGCGGAAGGAACUGGAACCCGUCACCCAGCUCAUUAUCCAGUGGCGCAAACUGGAGCUCAAUUGCUGGUCGAGCAGUCUGGACAACGCGAUGAAGCGGCACACUGAGAAAUCAACCAAACACUGGUUCUCCAUCUACCAGCUCGUAGAGCGAUAUCUUGAAGAACAUAGGACAGAUGCUAAUACAGAUGAGGAGGUGGAGCGCCUCUCCCUGUCCUCAGUGUCCUCCACCCUCCAGGCCUUCAUGGAGGGCUCCACCCUGGGAGAGUUCCACACCCGCUUGGCCACGCUGCUCAGCUUCCACUGCCACCUCCUGCUGAUCCCCAACCAGCCAGGACAUGAGUCAUUGUCCAGUCUGUUGUGGAACCUGCACAAGUACUACAGUCAGUUCUCUGACUGCAUCCAGACCAGGAUCGUUCAGCUCAGACAGCCAAUCGAGAAGGAGCUCAAGGACUUUGUCAAGAUCUCCAAGUGGAACGAUGUCAGUUUCUGGUCCAUCAAACAGUCGGUGGACAAGACACAUAGGACACUCUUCAAGUUUGUCAAGAAGUUGGAGGCGGCUCUGAAUGGUCCGAGUGUUCCCUCUCUGGUGGAACAGGGAAGCAGCGCCGGCUUGGACAGUGUGGACGCCAACCCAGAGGAAACACCCAUCCAUCGGGUUCAUAAGGCACUGAAGAGCGCCCUGCCUGGGAAGGGCAGAGAUCUGCAGCAGGAGGACCCAGAAGAAGGAGUUGAUGCUUCAUCUCUACAGGGACGUCUGCCUGUUCUGUCCAGGAAGAUGAAGAAACUGUGCGUCCAGCUGCUGAAGAAAAACCCAGUGCCUGAGCUGGCUGAAGACCUGGACUGCUUCACUGGCGAGGUCAUCAGCAACCUGCGGGAUCUGCAGAAUCUCACCAUUGACACGUCAGCAGAGAAAGAUAAGCAGAAGUCUGAGGUCAAGCACAUCCUGCAGCAGAAGCAGAGAGCUCUGUCAGAUCUGUUUAAGAUGCUCACAGAAAUAGGUCUGUCGUACCGUAAAGGCCUGACGUGGAACAGGACAGUUGACCCAGAGCAAACCCUCUGUAUGCAGCCGCUGGAGAUGACCACAGCUCUUGCUGCUGUCAGGAACCAGGAGCAGGCCGAGAGCAUGUUGUUUACAGAGUUGCUGACAGCGUGGGAUGGAUGUCAGAAGUACUUCUACCGUUCAUGGGCCAGGAGAACAACCCUGCAGACUGCUCUUCAGCAGGCUGCCAAGGAGCUGGGUCUGGGGAACAUAGAGCGCUGUAGAGGUUUCUCCUCUCACCUUUUCAAGCUGCUCCUCAAGCAGAGGCAACGGCUGGCCAAGCUCACCGAGCAGUGGGUCCAUCUCAGGAGGCUGACAGACAGCGUUCAGGGCCUCAAGGCCGACCUCCAGGGCCACAGUGAGGACGCAGGCUGCGCCCUCCCGCCCCAGGCCUCUCUCCAGGGCUGGGUCAGCAGAGGCCAGGCGCUGGCCGCCCAGUGCGCCACCCUCCUGCAGCAGCUGGCCUGGCUGCUGCAGUGCUGCCCGGAGGACCUCCAGCAGAAGGAGGAGACCAGCAGCUGCAGGCAGCACACCUUGAGGUGUCCGUCCCCGCUGGCAGCGCAGCGCCAACCCCCCGGCUGUCUGAUGCGCAGGGGAGACGCCGCCUGGUGCCAGCUAAACCAGAGCAUGAAUGAAAUGUUGAAGCAGACUCACAGCCUGAAGGCGGAGCUCGACAAUGUGGCGCAGCAGAACUCGGAGAGAGUCCUCCAGACAUGGAACCAUUUUGCCACAUGCUGUUCGGCCUUCGACCAGCUGGGAGCUGUAGCGGCUCAGAUGCCCAGCACGGAGCAGCUCUUCACCCCGGCGGUGUGCGUCGGCGGCGCAGACAGCCAGCCAGCCAUCACCCAGAGCCUGCAGUAUGUCAGAGGACAGGUGGAGGCUAGCAUCACAGAGUUCACCACCUGGAAGACCCAGCUGCUCUCCCUGGGACACCAGCACUCAGAUCAGCAGCCUGCCUUCUGUACUGAGUUCUCUGCUGAGGUGGAGACAAACAUCAACACGGUGCUGUGUGCCGUCCAGACGCUUGUGAAGAGGAGGGAGACGGUGGAAGAAAGACAAAGAGAGCAGCGUGGAGAGAGAGAGGGUGCUGAAGAGGAGGAUGAAGAGCCUGUGGAGGACCUGCUGAAGCCCGGCCACCUGACUCGACUCCUGGAGGAGGAGCUGGCAGCUGAGGUGGAGGCCCUGUGUGUGGGUGAUGUUAGCGGCGGGCUGGAGAGGCUGCUGAGCCAACUGAGGACACACAGAGACUCCUGUCAGCCUCCACAGCUCCAGGAGGUGAACAGAGCGUGCAGGAUGCUGGUGCAUCUGGAGCCUCUGCUGGGGAUUUACACUGACAUGGUGCGUUACUACGUGGCCGUGUCACUGGGAGCACACAGGAGCACAGGCAAACUGCUGUCUGUGCUGGCCAGCAUCUUCACUGAGCUCGCCCAGAAGGGUUUCUGCCUGCCUCAGGACCUGAUGGCUGGUGGAGAUGGAGAAGGUGCCACAGAGUUUCACGACUAUGAGGGCGGAGGAAUAGGAGAGGGCGAGGGCACCAAAGACGUCAGUGACAAGAUUGAGAAUGAAGAUCAGGUGGAGGACACUUUACAGGAGGGUCAGGAAAAGGAAGAAGAGGAGGAUAAAGGGAACAUCAAGGCAGAGGACAACGCUAUCGAGAUGUCAGAGGACUUUGAUGGCCAAAUGCAGGAUGGGGAUGAGAAUGAAGCAGGUGAAGAUGAUGAAUCUGCUAAAGAAGAGGACGAGGAGCUGGAUAAAAAGAUGGGUGAUUUGGGGGAAGGACAGACAGACACUCUGGAUGAGAGAAUGUGGGGAGAUGAUGAGGACGACGAUGAUGAGGAGGAAGGAAGUGACAAGGAAGAAGAGUCCGGCCAGGGCAUGGACGAGGGUGAAUCAGAGCUGGUUGCUAAAGACGACAACUUAGAUGCUGCAGACCCCAACAAAGACAAGAAAAACCAGGACAAAGACGACCAGAUGGACAUGGAGGAGAAAGAGAAAAUCAAUGAACAAGGAGAUGAGCGGGAGUUUGAUGAGAAUGAAGUGGACCCCUACCACGGUCAACAGGACAAGAGGCCGGAGCCCGAGGCCAUGGACCUGCCUGAGGAUCUCAACCUGGACCAGGAGGAAGAGGCUGGAGACGAAGGAGAGGGCGAGGGUGACGAGGAGAAUCCAUUCGACAUUGACGAGAAAGCCAUAGCCCAGGAUGAGAAGGAGGACGGACAGAAAGAUGGAGAGGAGGAGGCGGAGGAUGGAGCAGAGAAGAUGGAGGAGGACCAGAAGGACCAGCCAGGAGAAGAGAACGGCCAGGAGCCCAAGACUGAAGAGGAGGAAAAGGAGGAGGGAGGAGGAGAGAAAGCAGAGGGAGACGAGGAGUGUGCUGAAAAAGACGAAGAAGAGGAGGAGAGAGGACAGGAGGCAGGAAGAGAUGAAGAUCUGACUAUUCCAAAUGACAAAGGACGCGAACCAAAGGAGGAGAAGGACGAGGAAGGAGAGGGUGAGGAUGAGGAGCAGCCCGAGUCAGCUGAGAGGAAGGAGCACAACACAGACGGUCAGACUGGAGAGCAGAACGUUCAGAGUGACACAGCGGUGGAGCUGGCAGGAGAGGCAUCAGAGAGAGACCAAGCUAAAGAGGAGCAUGGGAGCGGAGCCGCUGAUGCCAGCCAAUCAGAGGGCCACCAGUCAAAGCUCACAGCAAGAAUGGCUUCACAGACACAGACGCAGAGCAAGACUCAGAGCUUCAAGAGAAAACCUGGUCAAGCAGACAACGAGCGGUCCACAGGCGACUACAACGAACGUGUCAAUAAGCGUCUGCGUACAGUGGAGAACAGUACAGAUUGCGCCGAUGACAGCAGGCAGAGCGAUGCCCAGAAGGAGUCAGACCUGUACGAACAUAUCAAACAGGGAGAGACGGCCUACGACACUCAGACAUACGAUGUUGCCAGUGCAGACCAGCAGAAAGCGGCAGGACCUCACCAGGACCAGGAUGAUCAGAAUGAUGAGGAUGUCGCCAUGGAAACAGAUAAACAGGAAGAGGACCUCCAGGCUGCUGAGAUCCAGGAGCUGAAGCCUGAGCAGCUGGACUCUAGCAAGGCCUCCCAGAAAGGUAUAGACAGCGGGGAGAUGGAGGUGGAGGUGCAGAAGCAGGGAGAGGAAGAGGAGAGGUGGAGGGACAGACGAAAUCCCAGAGAAGAAGAGCGAGCAGACAGACGUACCGAAUCCACAAUUCACACAGUUCCUGAUCUGCUGUCGGACACCAUGCAGGAAGCAGAGAGCGACCCAGAGGAGAUCAGGAGGCAGAUGGAGCUGCAGCUGGAGGCCUGGCACAAACUGGCUCCAGGAACUCAGGAGGAGGAGAGUGCAGCCGCUUCCAUGUGGCACCAGUACCAGACUCUGACCUCAGCUCUGUCCCAGCAGCUGUGUGAGCAGCUCCGCCUCAUCCUGGAGCCCACGCAGGCCGCCAAACUCAAAGGUGAUUACCGCACAGGGAAGCGUCUGAACAUGAGGAAGGUCAUCCCUUACAUCGCCAGUCAGUUCCGCAAGGACAAGAUCUGGCUGAGGAGGACCAAGCCCAGCAAGAGAGAGUACCAGAUCUGUCUGGCUGUGGACGACUCCUCCAGCAUGGUGGACAACCACUCUAAACAGCUGGCGUUUGAAUCCCUCUCAGUGAUCAUCAACGCUCUCACUCUGCUGGAGGUGGGACAGGUGUCUGUGUGCAGUUUUGGCGAGCAGGUGCAGCUGCUCCACCCCUUCCAGCAGCAGUUCAACGAUGACUCAGGGGCUCGGAUCCUCAGACUCUGUCAGUUCCAGCAGAAGAAGACCCGAAUAGCACAGUUUAUGGACACCUCAACAAAUAUGUUUCUGGCAGCACGACAGCAGAUUCCUGGUUCUCUAAAUUCAGACACAGCCCAGCUGCUGGUCAUCGUAUCCGACGGCAGGGGUUUGUUCCUGGAAGGGAAGGAGCGGGUGAUGGCAGCUGUGCGGGCUGCACGCAGCGCAAAUGUGUUCAUCAUUUUCGUGGUGCUCGACAACCCCAACUCUCGGGACUCCAUCCUGGACAUCAAGGUGCCCAUAUUCAAAGGGCCUGGAGAGCUGCCAGAGAUCCGCUCCUACAUGGAAGAGUUCCCAUUCCCCUUCUACGUCAUCCUGCGAGACGUCAAUGCCUUGCCGGAGACCCUGAGCGACGCACUCAGACAGUGGUUUGAACUUGUCACUGCAGCCGACCAGUAGACCAAUGAGAAGCCAUCUUUCACAGGAAGGGAGAAGUGGACAGCAACCAACUGCACAAUGCCACUCUGCUGCCAGCCUCUCAGCCACAACAACAACAAAAAAAGGACUCAAACGUAAAAAAAAAAGACGGAUUUGCCGCUGUACAUGUGCCUUUAUUUUCUUAUUUUUACUGUAGAUUUUAGUAGAGUUUGAUAGAAACCUUCGCUGUUUUGUCUUUAUCAAGGGAAUCCUCAGUUUCUUUUGUAAUGUAAUGAGGAUUGCUUUAACUUGCACGUCUGAGAUAAAAUGAUAAACAAAAAUGUGAUUCCCUUUCGUGUGAAACACCUCAGUGAAGAGUCAGUAAAUACCUCUGUCCCCCUUGUACUAUAGACCUGAAAUCAUGUUUGUGUGGAUGUUAUAGUCAGUGUUAAAAAGGUCAUCAACUCAUUCAUCUUCAAUAUGAACACAACAACAGAUGUACAGAGCUGACACAGGAGAGUGGUUGGAUUGUGUUUGAACAGAACCCUUCCUAGCUUCAUGACCUAACAGUAGCAUGUUGAUGUGGUCAUGAAUGACAUUAGAAGAGACUCAAAAAUGUGCCUUGGAGACGAGAAGAGUAUUGCAUCUCACUUCACACCUGAAUCAGCUGUCGGGGUGAUGAUCAGAGGCGCCGUCACAGCUCUGUUCUGAGGAAUUAGAGACACAUAUCUGCUGAUCUUCCACCCAUACUGUUUGACUUCUGCUAAACGAGAGCUCGGAGCUCAUGACCGUGUCCCAUAGGAGUAGGUGUCGAUGAAAUGUUUAUUAUCGACUCUGUUUUGUAACGUGGACUGACAUGUAAACGAACAUUGGUCAUAUUUAAGAGGUUGUUUCUUCAUUGCAUCCGUCUGUUCAACCAUGACAUGAAGGAUCCUGACAAUAAACAGCUUACAAGGCUUUUCAUGGCAAUCAUCUUGUAUUGACAUUUCCA